AUGGCGACGAAACGACAAGCACCUGAUGACGCCGACUCGCGGCCUGCCUGGAAACGUCAUAAACCAAAUGAGCACCAACGCAGACCGAACCAUGGCAAGAAGUCGUUCAAGAAAGCCCACCCGGUCAAUGAGCUCAAAUCUUCCAUCCGCUCUUUACGGCGCCUCCUCGACCGACAAGAAAACUUGCCAGCAGACGUGCGCGUAGAAAAGGAACGGGCGCUGCAGACCGCGCAGCGUGAACUCGCAGAAGCAGAGCGGGCCAAGAAGCGGAGCGAUAUGAUUGGAAAGUACCACAAAAUCCGAUUUUUCGAGCGGCAGAAGGCGGAGAGGAGAUUGAAAAAGGCCAGAAAGGAUAUGAAGGCUUGUGAGGAGGGAGGCAAGAAGAAGGAGGAGUUGGAGCGAAAGGUCGCGAAUGCUGAGGUGGAUCUGAACUAUGCGCUUUACUUCCCGCUGGAUCAGGACUAUGUGAAGCUGUGGCCGACGAAGAAGAAUGGGAACGGCGAGGAGGGUUCUGCGACACCAGAGGUGGAGGGUGCAGAGCCGGCAAGACAGGGAGAUCAGCAGAUGUGGGAGCUGGUGAAGAAGUGCACGAAGGAGGGCACGCUGAAGGAUUUGCGGGAGGGCAGGCUGAAGCAAUCCGGAGCUGAUGAUGCAGAGGUGGACCGUUCCUCGUCGAAGAAGCCCAAGAAGGCGGGUGAGCUCAUUACGAGUAAACGUAAGAAGGUCCUCACCAAGAGCAGUGGUUCUCGCGACAGGGUCGAGGGCAAGACAGAGGCCACUGAAGACGAUAGUGGCGAUGAGAGUGGCGGGGGCUUCUUCGAAUAG